AUGGACAGCCUCCUCAACCUCCUGAGCGCCGGCUUCGACUACCUGACCUCUCCCGGCGACAAUACACCACCUCAAACUUCCAUGUUUCAACCUCGCCAAAGUCGCCAAAAGGAACGUGACAUAGCGGCUACAGUUUCUUACGCAGAUAUCUGCGUCUCGCGCGCCUUGCUCAAAUCGCUGGGUCUACCCACGGAGCUGGUCCUCGAAAUCUUAGACUACGCGCAAUACGAGCCUGUUCUUGAGUUCGUUAGCGAAGGCCGCCGAGUAGUGGCUGAGGCAGUUAUGGGCUCCGCUACUAGCGCGCGCGUUUGCUUGCCCGCCGAAGUCUUCAGUCGCAACACUAUAUGCCGCAUCUCUGGACCUAAUGUGGUGCUCAAGGUCAAACAGAUCGACUUCGAAAUCAAGAGCAAAGAUCAAGGAUGGACGAGCGAAAACACAAUCGGCACAUUCCAGACCUCGUCUUGGCUGGAGGUAUCUAUAUUCAGACCGGGUCCGCUAUACUCCGCCCUGGACAAGCUUCCAUUCUGGGAUAGGGAGUAUGAUAACCCACAAGAGUUGCAGAACCACUUGCUACCUAUGGGACAUAGGCUUGUUGAUGAACGGCCUGUGAGUGCAUCAGUCGGUCCACAGGGAGAUGAGCUGCCCAUUGCGUGGUAUCUGCAAGGGAACAAGGUAACAGAGCGGCAAAAUAUCGACUACCGAGUGGUGUGGACUCCGGACGGUUGGGAAGGCAACCAGGGCACUGGCAAUGGUGAGCGUUUCUUUGAUGUCUUGAAGGAGGGUGAUUCGGUCCUAGUGUGGGCAAGAGCAAAGUACCCACAAUGGCGAUGCGAAGUCGACAGCAUCAAGAUGACCGUGCGCUAUGGAUUCGAAGAGCCGUCGUGA